AUGCAACCUGAACUCGUCUUAAUCCGUCAAGACAUACAUGCAAAUCCUGAAGUAGGUAUGAAAGAGGAACGUACAUCAGCGUUGGUUGCUGCUAAACUUAAACUUUGGGGAAUAACUGUCACUGAAAAUGUUGGUGUUUUCGGUGUUGUCGGUACAUUGAAAAGUAAUCGACCAGGUACUCACUCGAUCGCAUUGCGAGCUGAUAUGGAUGCUCUUCAACUUACAGAAUCCACUAAACUAUCAUAUGCAUCAAGGACUCCAGGCGCCAUGCAUGCCUGUGGUCAUGAUGGACACACAGCAAUGUUACUUGGAGCGGCGAAGUACUUAGCAGAGAAUCGAGACACAUUUUACGGAACUAUUUAUUUCAUUUUUCAACCAGCCGAAGAAAGUCUAAGCGGCGCUAUGGCCAUGAUCGAAGAUCAAUUGUUCGAACGAUUUCCAUUCGAUGCUAUUUAUGGUCUUCACAAUGAUCCAAACAUGCCAUUCGGUGAAUUCGCCACGCGUUCUGGUCCUUUUUUAGCAGCAGCCGAUAAGUGGAUAGUGACAUUUCGAGGCACUGGUGGUCAUGGAGCACUGCCACAUCUUGCUACAGAUAUCAACAUUGUUCAAGCAGAAUAUAUUUUGUCAUUGCAAACAAUAAUCAGUCGAAACACAGCACCCAUCGAUUCAGGCAUCAUCAGUGUUGGUGCUUUGGAGAGCGGUUCGUUUACUUCAAUUAAUAUUUUGCCAAAAGAAGUUCGCAUAGGAGGUAUUACACGCACUUUUUUAAAAGAGACUCGAAACAUGAUUGAACGACGGAUCAAAGAACUUGCACAUGGUCUCGCUGCAAGUUUUGGAUGUGAAGCUCAAGUGCAAUAUCAUCGAUUGGUGUGUGCACUCGACAAUCAUGCUGAACAGACAGUGCGAGCAGUCAAGGCUGCCGAGCGUGUUGUAGGUACUACAAAAGUCAAUCCUAAUAUGGCUCGUACUACGGGUAGCGAAGACUUUUCAGCAUUUCUCGAGCGAAAACCAGGUGCUUUUAUGUACAUUGGCAAUGGAACUCCUACAUAUCAAUUUUAUUCGCCUACAUAUGAUUUUAAUGAUGCUAUCAUUCCUUUCGGUGUCGCUUAUUGGAUCAGUUUAGUUCAGCAAGAACUCAAAGAAUAA